AAUCCCUAAAGCUCCAAUUUCUGAGUCAUAUGAUAGUAGUGCUUUGAUCUGUAAACACUUGUUUUCUGCUUCUUUACAACUAUUUGCAGAUUCGUCAGGAAGAAAUUUAACAGAUUUGAUUCAGGUCAAAGUACUAGGUGAUAGGAUUAUAAUUAGAGACUCAGUUUUAGAAACAUCCAGAAUCUAUGAAGCUCCGGUUUUCAAGUCAAAUGAUGAGGAUAUGGAGCACUAG